AUGAGUAUUAACAAAGCGCAGGGUCAAUCGGUCAAAUAUGUUGGCCUUGAUCUACGUUCUCCCGUCUUCACCCACGGCCAACUCUAUGUCGCGCUCUCUCGCGCCACCGCCUCGCACAACAUCAAAGUCCUCAUUGACGGUGAUUCAAAUGCAAACACUGUCCAGAACGUUGUCUACCCCGAGGUCCUCCUCGACUAG